UCAAUGAACAUGAUUUCUGGAGUCAAGGUUGUCAGGUCAUUCUCCCCUCCCACCCACUGGAGAUAUAAAUAGCACUUACAGCUCAGAACACAGUGCCAGAGAGCUGGGAGGAAGUAGAAGCAGAUCGCCAACCAUGAGCUCCAGCCAACCGGGGGCCUGCCCAUGCCAGGGUGCCGUAGGGCGCCCAGCCAUUCUGUAUGCACUUCUGAGUCCCAGCCUCAGGCCUGUCCCCCCACCCCGUAGCCACUGCCUGUGCAGGCAGCACCGGCCUGUCCAGCUGUGUGCACCUCAUCGGACCUGCAGGGAAGCCUUGGACGUCCUGGCCAAGACAGUGGCCUUCCUCAGGAACCUGCCAUCCUUCUGCCAGCUGCCUCCCCAGGAUCAGCGGCAACUGCUGCAGGGGGGGUGGGGCCCCCUCUUCCUGCUUGGGUUGGCCCAAGACACUGUGACCUUCGAGGUGGCUGAGGCUCCGGUGCCCAGCAUACUCAAGAAGAUCCUUCUGGAGGAGCCAGGCAGCAGCAGAGGUGGCAGCCAGCUGCCAGACAGACCCCAGCCCUCACUGGCUGCAGUGCGGUGGCUUCAGUGCUGCCUGGAGUCCUUGUGGAAUCUGGAGCUGGGCCCUAAGGAAUAUGCCUACCUGAAAGGGACCAUCCUCUUCAACUCUGACCUGCCAGGCCUCCAGGCCUCCUCCCACAUUGGGCACCUGCAGCAGGAGGCUCAUUGGGCACUGUGUGAAGUCCUGGAGCCCUGGUGCCCAGCAGGUCAAGGCCGCUUGGCCCGUGUCCUCCUCACAGCCUCCACCCUCAAGUCCAUCCCACCCAGCCUGCUUAGGGACCUCUUCUUUCGCCCUAUUAUUGGAGAUGUUGACAUCACUGGACUCCUUGAGGACAUGCUUUUGCUGAGGUGACCUGCUCCAGUUCCAGCAGAGAUCAGAUGUAGACUGGGCAGAGGCUGGCAGUGCUUAUUCAACCUGGACUUCCCUAGGGGUGACCAGUCCUCCUGGAGGGGACAAGGCUGUACAGACAGCACGUGGCCCCUCAUGCUAGCCACACACCGUCUGGGACUGCCUUGGUUUGGAUACAGUGCCUAGCAGGCCUUUGGUGGUCCCUGGAGCCUCUGAGCCAAGACUCCUGUCCCCUUCUGAGUUGGAAAAGAAAGCUUAGGCUGUCAUUGGACCAGAAAUCCUACUGCUUUGUACAGAACGGAAUUAAGUUAUUGAUUUUUGUAAUAAAAGCUGGGAUACCUUUGAA